GUCUCCUUUGCAAAAAAAACCCUUAACCAUGUGGUCAUGCCGGUGCCAGCUGCUGCUGAGCAAACCCCUGUGGUUUUCGACUCCCAAGUCAUUCAGUACCAAUCCAACAUCCCUAUCAAGUUCAUAUGGCCGGACCACGAGAAGCCGAGCCCCAACCGGCCGGACCUUCUCGCUCCAGCCAUCGACCUCAGAAGCGAUUCUGCCAUCGUCGCUAACUCGAUUCGUUCGGUCGACGAGGCCUGCAAGAAGCAUGGAUUCUUCCUCAUUGUGAACCACGGAGUUGAUCCGGUGCUUUUUGCGAAAGCUCACGAGUACAUGGACGUGUUCUUUGAGAUGAAGCUCUCGGAGAAGCAAAGGGCUCAGAGGAAGAUUGGUGAGAGCAAUGGUUAUUCUAGUAGCUUCACCGGCAGGUUUAACUCCAAGCUUCCAUGGAAAGAAACACUUUCUUUCAGGUACUCUGCUGAGAGGCAGAGCUCAACAGUCGUCAAGGACUACUUUGUGAAUGUGUUGGGUGAAGAUUUCAGAGAAAUCGGGAAGUUCUACCAAGAAUACUUGGAGGUGAUGAACAAACUAUCCAAUGGGAUACUGGAGCUACUGGGACUGAGCCUGGGAGUUGGGCAGGAGUACUUCAAAGAGUUCUACGAAGGAAACAAUUCGAUCAUCAGGUUGAACUACUAUCCAAUGUGCAAAAAACCAGAUUUAACACUGGGAACUGGGCCUCACUGUGAUCCCACUUCCUUGAUAAUCCUUCAUCAGGAUCAAGUAGGGGGACUUGAAGUGUUUUUCGAUGAAAAGUGGCACACCGUUACUCCUGUCCUUGGUUCUUUCGUUGUCAACAUUGGUGAUACUUUUAUGGUAAGUUAACUCUAUUCAUUAUUAUGUUGCCCAAUAGAAUAGCAUGGAGAGGCACUGGUACUACUCGUAUAAUUGCACCUAUAUUGCCUUCACCUUGACCUCUCAAAAGUUAUUAGCUUGACCACUUAAGAGUUAUUAUCUAUUUAGGUUGGAUUUUACUAUGCAGUUAGGCUUUGGUACUGUUAGUCGUAAUUUGUUGUGCAACAAUCAGUAUGGAUCACUC